CUGACUGAAUAACUUACUGUGUUAUGUUUGGCUGUAUGUGAAACCGUGAACCCUUGUAUUUGACCCCUUUAUUUUAUUUUAUUUUAUUUUAUUUGGUUUGAUUAUUUUUUAAUCUUAAUUUAAUUUUAUUUAUUCAUUUAUUUUGUGGUCUGCAAUCUAUGUUCUGUAUUCAGUUAUUGCAUGAAUAGAAAUAAAUAAAAAACAUCGGGUGCACUGAUAAAUGGUAAAAAUCUUGUUACACAAUUAUUAUAUUACAAUUUGUAGCCAUUUCAUACAUUUAUAAUGCUUAUGUAAUAAUUUUUGUGUAAUGAUUUACUUUAAAAAAUGUUGGUUUUGCAUUAAUUAUUAUUUUAGCAAUCAUUUUAAAAAAAAUUAAUUGUCUCUUCAACAGUUGUUCUUAACUUUUUUGACUCCAAACUGUCGAGAAUACUUUUAAAAGGCCCCAUGAGUUUUUCUAUUGUUUGUGGUUUACUAGACAAGGAUUAAGCAUAAUAGUGUUUUUAAAUGCGUUUUACUCAAAUUUUAAGUAAAUAAAUAAAUAGAAUUUGGCAUAGCUAGAAAAAUGUAUAAAAUGUAUAUAUUAUUAAAUGUAUAUUAAAUGUAUAUAUUAUAAAUAUAAGUAUAAGUAUAAAUAUAAGUAUAAAUGUUUAUAUUCCAUAUUUUUUCCCCCUGGGCAUUAGGAAUGGUUGUUGCUGAGAUUCCACUGAAUGAGGACACAUUUGAAAGACUCCCUGCAGACAUGUACAGCCUCAAAGAGCUCGAGGGAGAAGUUGACCACUCCUUCUUUGACAGUGACAGUGAAGCUCAUGGACUUGGCUCUGAAGAUGGGCAGCUCAAUAAACACAAAGUCUCAGAAAGACAAGAUGAGAGAACAGGAAAAGACACCCAUGUUUCAAUGAAUCAGUUAGGAAAUGAAGCUCAAGGUAAAAGGAACAGUGAAGAUAAAGCCAGACUGGAGGAUGAUUCAAACCAGGUCAGGAGAACGCAAAGAGAAGAGACAGAAUAUGAAAGAGAGCGGCGAAGUGUUGAUGGCUUAUUCAAAGGCUCUUCAUCACUCCCAAGUGCCAAAAGCUCAGAGAUUAUAAACAGCAGUCAGUCAGAUGAAGGAUCUAGUGUGCAUUCAUACUCAUCUGAUGAGGAAAGAGAGCCUGAUGAUGAUUUUAAACUCAGGAAAACCAAUGAUAAUCUCAACAGUGAUGAUGAUGAUGGAUACCAUCGUAGUGAAGAUGAAAGUGAGGAGGAUGUGAGAUCACCAGUGACACAAUCAACAAAACAUCAUGGAACGCCUAAAAAAUCUGCUGGAAAAUUCCACAAGCUUAGACGUAGCCGUUCAUCAUCAUCUGAUCCUGAGUCCUCCCACAGUAGUGAAGAGAGAGGCUCUUUUCGAUCUCAGAAAUCACCUGUAAAACAUCAGCGGGUGGGUUCAGCUCACCAGAAAGAGCGACAAACAGAAACGGCAGAAUCUGAAGACACGGUCACUGAUGUUACCCCUCUCUCGACACCAAAUGUUAGUCCUUCUCAGUCCCUCGAUGUGGUUCUACCCUCUGAACCUGCAGCAGAUGCUCAACAACAGCCAAGUGUUACUGAGAAGGUGUUUGCGAAUGAUGUUUCGGACAGUCAGGGCAGUACAAGUUCUGAAGGAGAGGAUGGACCAGUGUUCUUAAAAGUAGAGAAGCAGUUAGACAGAGUACUUGUGGUCUCCAGCCCUUGCAGUGUUGGCAGCAGACGUAAGAACUAUUCCUUCACAAAUGAAGAGGUACAGGAGAUCGACCGGGAGAACCAGCGGCUAUUACGUGAACUGUCCCGUUCAUCGGCACGUUCACGUAGUGGCAGCUCCGCCUGCUCCAAAACCAGCGGUGGCAGGAGUAGUGCACCACCCAUACGGCUUUACCACAGCGCCCUCAACAGACAACGACAGCAAGAGCGAAUUCAGAAGGAAAACCUGGCAUUCCUGAAGCGUCUAGAAUCUGUGAAACCCACUCCUGGCAUGACCCGAGAUGAACAGCUAGCCGAUUACCAGCGGCAUUGCCGAUACCUGGGAACACCUGUUACAGCUCUUCCUCCAGUCAAACUCAAGUCCAGCAAAACAUCUGGGAGGACAUCAAGACCAGGCAGUAGUCCUCACAAAUCUAGACCGGAAACGGCUAAGCUUAGCAGAACAAUACCACAUCCUGCAUGGUCCUGAUCCUAAAGUCUUUCCUUCUCUCUCUCUCUACCCCUGAGAAUUUCACGUACAUGUUCUGCUCUGACUGUAAGUAGAGAAUAUGACUGUAGGUCAAAACACCAAAUAUUCUGGGUGAAUGUUGCAAAAAUUCAAGCUGCUUGAGCUCAUGGUAAUUUGUCCAGAUGUGAAGUGAUAUAAAUUUAAAUAUUUGUCAGAAAAUCUACACAGCUAAGCAUUUGCUGACAUUAAUUAUUUGUCAGUGUGUGGCUUAAACAUUUUUUUGAUGUGCUAGGUGACUAAAUGAAUUCAGUCAACACUGUUCGGGUGGACCAUAAAGUGUGACAUUCCAUUUUCUAGUGCCUAUAUGUGACAGACAACAAAACGACUUUAUAUAUAUUUAAGCUGUGUAUAAUUUUAAAGCCACUGUUGCUGUUAUCAGAGUAAUCAAUUACGUGACGUGUCUGUAAAUCUAAUGUGAAGUAAAUGCUUUAUUAGUUAUGGUAUUCAGUGUUGUUACAUUUAUUCGGAAAUUAAAAGUGAUUUGUUUAUU